AUGCUCUCGACACGUUCACUGACGAUCUUCUUCGCCUUUCUACAGAUCUCCACCAUCGUCGCUGUUGCCCUCGCUGCCGUCGCUGCCGCCUCCCCUGCCCUCGAGACCAGGCAGACCAAGUGCGUCAAGAUUACUCAGGCCCAGGCCGAGGCUAGGUUGAAGGAGAACGACAUCACCUGGUCAUCCUCUGGCAACUGCAAGGACAAGACCAAGUCCAACUGCACCUCACUCCAGGACAUCUGCAAUCACACCAUCAGCGGUGUCAUCGCCUUGAAGAAGAGCGUCGGCAGGUCCUUGACUAUCACCGGUGGUACCGAGACCGGCCACGCCAGCGGCACCUACUCGCAUGGUGCUGGAUACAAGGUCGACCUCCGAAAGUUCAAGGAACUCGAUAACUACAUCAUGAACAACUUCAAGGAGAUUUCGAAGCGCGGCUCGUACCGCCGAUGGGAGUCCCCCAGCGGAAACGAGUUCGUCGAUGAGAGCAGCCACUGGGACAUCACCUUCUUCUACUAA